UUCGUUGAAUGCCCAGGCGCGUAUCAGUGUUUUGUGUAUCCCCACGGGGGAUACACAUAUCACUAUUGAUAUGUGUGCGGGGAUACACAUAUCACGGUGAUACACAUAUCACUGUGACACCGGUAGUAAUCUGGUAACAAGGAAGGAUUUAUUUUUCCAGAAAUACCGCUGACAAGUACUGAUAUUGUCACGUGAUCGGAAUAAAUAACCACGAAAGUACGAAUAUGGUUAACAGGUCGUAAAUUGCGCUGUUUUUAGCAGGAUGCUCAGCUAACCUGGCAUCUUUUAGUACAAAUUAAUGGAAGAAUAGUCAUUUUGUACGAAAAUGGCUGCAGUGGAAAAUGCGUACGCCCCAGCGCCGGCACUCGGCGAAGAGAUGGGACCGAUCAUCGCCGCUUUGAAGGAGGGUAGCGCCAUGACAAGGUACUAUUCGAAAAACAAAACACCGGAUUUGAGGAUUUUCAUGUUAAAAAUGGAGGAGUUUCAAGUAGUGUGGUGCAGGACAGGCAAAGAAGGAGGCAGGCUGGAAGGUUCAGUGUUUAUUCGAGAGAUAAAGGAAGUUCGGAGAGGGUUAGGGUCGAAGGACUUUGAUAGAAAUCCCGAAACAGCACGCAGGCUAGAUCCAAAUUGCUGUCUUGCCAUUUUUUACGGCAAUGAAUUCAAGCUGAAAACGUUGAGCCUAGUCGCCCAUAGUUUUAAAGAGCGAGAAUUCUGGGUUAGAGGACUGGUGUAUUUGAUGUACGAAAGUCUUAUAGCCACACAAGAAGUUCUGAUUCAUAGGUGGCUGCUUAGAGAGUGGAAUAGUAUGGCUGCAGUGGCAUCAACACCAAGGAGAAGCACUGCUGACCAUUCAGUUUAUAUUGGUAUGAAGGAGCUCAGGGCUUUUUUUCAGCGUGCAAAUAUAAAGAUCAGUAACUCAAGGUUAAAGGAACUGGUUCAGAUUGCUGGGAGAGGGGAAGGCCACAUUGAUUUUGAGGGAUUCCGCAAAAUUUAUGACGAGAUAAUGACUGUCAAGGAGAUGACCUUGAGAUUUAACGAAUAUAUAGAAAAUGGAACCUAUGUUCCUCUUGCCAAUUUUCAGAAAUUCCUUUUGGACGAACAAGAGGAACCUGGAGCCAAGGAUAUAGAGACUGUAAGAAGUUAUAUGUUGGAAUAUCUGGCAGAUGGGAGUAGAAGCUAUUCUGAACCAUAUUUUACUGUUUCAGAGUUUUUAGAUUUCUUGAUGUCAAAAGGUAACAGUGCGUUCAAUUCUUCACAUUGUGAAGUGUACCAGGACAUGACCAAACCACUCACUUUCUACUGGAUUGCUUCCUCACACAACACAUAUUUGACAGGGGAUCAGUUUCAAGGUGAAGCAUCUGUAGAAGCCUAUAUUCGUGCUCUCAGGAUGGGCUGCCGCUGCCUUGAAUUGGAUUGCUGGGAUGGUCCAGACGGCCAGCCUAUCAUUACCCAUGGUCACACACUUGUAUCCAGAAUCAAAUUUGUGGAAGUGGUUCGUGCAAUCAAGGACAAUGCGUUUGUUGCUUCGGACUAUCCAUUAAUUUUGUCGCUGGAGAACCACUGUAGUAUACCUCAACAGAAGGUUAUGGCACAGACCUUUAGGGAAGUGUUUGGAGAUUGUCUUCUUUCACAACCAGUUGAUCCUAAUUCCAAAGAGAUGCCAUCACCUAGUGCUCUGAAGCACAAGAUCAUCCUUAAGCAUAAAAAACUGCCAAAAGAUCCUACCCAGGUGACAGACACUAGUAUUGGUGAUGCAAUACUAGAAGAUGAUCUAAGUCAGUCAGUUAAGAAUGGAUAUCUACUGCUGGAGGAUGAAAUUGAUCAUGUUUGGAAUCGGCAUUUCUUUUGCUUAACAAAGAACAAACUGUUCUGGACAGAAGAACAAACCAAGGCUGAGGAUGACGAUGAUGACGAGGGAUCUGAUGGGAAUGGAGUUGGAGAGUCAUCGAAAGAUGAACUUCACUUUGGUGAGAGAUGGUUUCAUGGCAAGCUUCCAGAUGGACGAAAAGCAGCUGAGAUGUUGCUUAAGCAGUUUAAUCGUGGAGAUGGUUCCUUUCUUGUUCGAGAGAGUACAACUUUUGUGGGAGACUUCUCACUAUCUUUCUGGCGUAAAGGGAGAGUGCAGCACUGUCGGAUCAAAUCUAAGCAGGAGAAUGGUCAGACAAAGUACUACCUUGUUGAUCAAGUGACCUUCGAUAGCUUGUACAGCCUCAUUAACUUUUAUCAGACUCAUCCACUGAAAAGUAUGAACUUUGAACUCACUCUGACAGAUGCUAUUCCUCAGCCAAAUGCACAUCUUGAAAAAGAAUGGUACCAUGAUAAUCUUAAAAGAGACAAGGCAGAGGACAUGCUGAAGAGGGUCAGAAAAAAUGGUGCCUUCCUUGUAAGAAAGAAAGAGUCAGAUCAGCCAUUAUCAGAGCAUGCAGAUACAGAAAACCAGCCAGAGUCACAGAAUGAGGAGUCAUCAUUUGCUAUCUCCUUUAGAGCGGAAGGCAAGAUUAAGCACUGCCGGAUAAAACGCGAAGGACGGCUCUUCACAAUAGGCACUGCUCAGUUUGAAAGUUUGGUGGAAUUGGUCGAGUUCUACAUGAGGCAUCCACUUUACAAAGGAAUGAAACUCAAGUACCACAUCAACGAAGAUGUGUUGUCAAAAGUGGGUCAGUCCCCAGAUGAAGAAGCAAUCUAUGGAACUGGAACUCAUUAUCAUGAACCCAACCAGUUUAUCACAAAGGCUGCUUGUAGAGCAUUAUGGGAUUAUGAAGCCCAAAAUCCAGAUGAGAUGUCUUUUUGUCGUGGAGCCUUCAUCACUAACGUUAGCAAGGAGGAUGGGGGAUGGUAUGUUUUUCUAGUUCCCUCCCAGUAUCGCACAAAAUAGAAGUUAAAAUUCUAAAAUUCUUAUAUAAACUUGGUUGCUAACACGUUACUGCUUUGUUUAAGUUCUGAAACAGUUGUUCAAAAUGGAGAUAAUGUGAUAGGAGUUGUUAAAACCUAUCCAGUGGAUAACUUACUUGGUUUUGUUAAGACCACUCUUCCAGGAGAUAGUAACAAUCUGGUGCACAGCUUAAUUGUCCCUUGAAGAACUGGUUCCCCAGGGGUUUGAUUAAGGGCUGGGCAAUGCGCAAAUUGACCAGCUGUGAUGAUGACUUUGCCUACCUGGGCGAAAUUCCUUGCUCCACCUUGGUGUAUAAGUGGGUACUGGCAAAUUUAUUGCUGGGGGUGACCCUGCGAUGGACUAGCAUCCCAUCCAGGGGGGAUAGAAAUAC